GUGGGUGUGGGAUGGCAGCGUCACCGGCCCGCGGUACGAUAGCGAGAACUGCGACAUGAAGAGCACGGAGAAGUGCGUCAGCAACGGCAAGCCGGACAACGGGUACCUGAACUGGCGGUGGCAGCAGGCGGGCUGUAACCUCUCCGAGCUCGACCCGGCAGAGUUCCUCCGGGCAGUCCGGGGCAAGCUCCUGGCUUUCGUCGGCGACUCCACGGCGCGCAACCAGGCGGAGUCCCUCGUCUGCUUCCUCUCCACCGUGUCGCGGCCGGAGACGACGCACCGGUACGAGGAGCCCGUGGGCCACGAGUUCUGGCGGUGGGUCUUCCCGGCGCCGCACAACGUCACCAUCUCCACGUACUGGUCGCCGUUCCUCGUGCGCGCCGAGGGCAGGUCGGUGGACUACGCCAUGACGCAGGAGACGCUGUUCCUGGACGCGCUCACCGAGCCGUGGACGGCGGACGUGGACGCGAUGGACGUCAUGGUGAUCUCGGCGGGGCACUGGUUCAACCACCCGGCCGUCUACUACGACGACGGGCAGAUCGCCGGCGUGUUUUCCCGUCCGGACGUAAACGAGACCGACAUCGGCGGCGGCUACGUCGGCGUGUACCGCAAGGUGAUCCGGAGGGUACUUGAGUACGUCAACGAAAAGUCGAGCGGCGACAAGCUGGUGGUGGUGUCAACCAUCGCGCCGGCGCACUUCGACGCCAGGUACGCCUGGAAUCACCGGGAUGCGUGCUCGCGGCCGAAUCCGUAUGAUGAGGGAGAGGUGCCCGAGGAUGCGAACACGGCCGAGAUGAGGAAGGCCGUGCUGGAGGAGGGGGCGGCGGCAAAAAGGCAGCGACGGGGGCUGCGGUUCGAUGUGCUGGACGUGACGAGGCUGGCGUCCAUGCGGCCCGAUGGGCACCCAGGCGCCUACAUCGUGAAGGACAGGUACUGUGCCGGAAAGCCCAUGCCGGAGACGGUUAACAACGACUGCCUGCACUGGUGCGCGCCGGGGCCGGUGGACACGUUCAACGACAUACUGGUGCAGAUGGUGGCCGCAAGCGGCUGA